UUGUCUAUGACCUAAGUUUAUUUUAAAACGCGGCGUUUGUUUGCCUUAUUUUUAAUAUCGAAUAUAUCAUUUUAAAAUAAAAAAAAUGUCUAGCACAUCACAAAAACAUCGUAACUUUGUUGCUGAACCCAUGGGGGAAAAAUCUGUCACUGACUUAGCUGGAGUCGGUGAAGUUCUUGGGAAGCGUUUGGAAACGGCAGGUUUUGACAAGGCGUACGUUGUAUUGGGACAGUUUUUAGUGCUAAAAAAAGAUAAAGAACUUUUUCAAGAGUGGAUGAAAGAAACAUGCAGCGCCAAUUCUAAACAAUCAGCAGAUUGCUACCAGUGUCUAAAGGACUGGUGUGAUGAAUUUUUGUAAACAAUUGAUUACAUAUAUAAUAAGCAGCCUUAACAUUAUUUUAUAACAUAUAAUUAUAAAAUAUUAUUAUCGUAUUGUUAUUGACUAAGGACAAAAUGUAAAUAAUUUUUGUAAUGAUUUUUAAGAAUAAUGUGGAUCCUAGAUAGUCAUGCUGUAUGUCAUGCCUGUUUUGUAUCAUGCUGCAUGUCAACUAUUAAUAAUCAUAUUAUUUCAAUAUUAAGUACACCUUAGAUAAAACACUUCUUAUAUAUAAAAAAAAAUAUAUGGAAAGAAUUGUGUUUUCUUGUCCAUCAUGAGAAAUGCAAAUAGUGAUACUUUCUCAUAAAGUAAUGCAUUUAUUAUCUUUUAAGUGUGUUUCCAUCACAGAUGUUCCUUAUUAAAUAAUUCAUAUAUUGAUAUGAAAGAUUUUACUAUUAUAUGAAUUUACAGUUCAUAAAAUAAUAUUAAUAUAAUCUGAUUGGAGUGAAUGAAUCUGAACAACAUUGCCCUGAUGAUGGAAACAAUAUUAUUCCUAAACUGUGUCAAGCAUUCCUUGAUAAUGAUGAAUACCUUAAAUGAAAUUGCAUUUCACACAAGCAUUCAUGACAGCACAAAAGGCAUAGCUGCAUUAAAAUCUAUGGGUCAGUUAAAACUACAAAUUUUAACAAACAUUUAAAUAUAUCAGUUUACAUGA